GCCGCUCCAAACACCACCAUUUAAAUGUUUUAAAAGUCGGACGUGUUCUUGUUUGUCAUAAGAGUAGCAAUAAGUGAAAGGCUAAAGCAGAGCGACUGAUUGAUUGCUUGUGUCUCGUUGAAGCUACAUAAAGAAACACGCUGUGUUCCAGGUCGACAUUUUUCAUAAAGAUCAUGGGAUCAAGUGAGAGCAAAUUGGCUGUGUCUGCAGCAGCUAAACCAGAACUGGUUCUCAAAAGAACUCAUGUCAGCCAUCUGAUAGACCCACGCUCUCCCUCAGCUGGGAUUGAUCGAACACCCAUUCAGGUUGGCGAUCUGGAGUCCAAAACUUUGCCUGCUGUGAAAAGCGAGUGUCUUCUUGCCAUCAGCGAUCCACGUUCACCCUCACUUGGCAUUUCCCGCACCCCUAUGAGAGAAGUCAUGAGAGCAACAGUCGGAUCCUUUGCGCGUCGUCUGGGAAUGUUGUUCCACAGUGAGGCUGAAAGCAAAAACCCUCCAAAACGCUUCAGUGAUCGUGUGGAAGAGGUCCUUGGGGAUGAAGAGCUGACGUCUGCCGAGCCCCUCCUUAAUGCUCGGUUUACCUCGUUAGCUGAGCAUGCUGACCUCUUGGCCACCCCUGUUCGAUCUCCUCUGCAGGCCAUGGGUGACUUUAGCCCCUUUGUGCUUGUUGAGCCUCAGGUGGAAGUUGAAAUAGAAACCGAAGCAGAUAUUAGCCUGGAAGAAGCCGAAGAAGCAAGAGAGACUCCUCUGCACAAGAGAUUAAGCAUGAGCCUGAUAACCUGCCACAACGGAGCUCCCUCAUCUGAAAUCUUUGAGGUUCACCAUGACCGUGCCCAUUUCCCAGGAUCUUCAGUAAAGGUGGAUCACACUUAUGCCCUUCCUUCUGUCACAGUGGAACCAGAGGCCUGUGGGCCUCCUCUCUCCACUAAUGUGGAGAAUUCUCCAGUUCAGGAAUCUUCUGCACAUCUGAAGGAAGCAGGAAAACUUAAGAUCUCUGAGGAAACUAAAGCACCGAAUGAAGAGUCUUCCUCAGAGCAGGAAGACGUGUGCACAGGCAUCCGCUGCCCCUCUUUUGACACGAAGAGUCCGAGUCAACUGGAGUUCAAACCACAGUGGCUGGGAAAAGGCUUUGGUGCCACAGGGCUGAGAGCCAGAGGAGUGCAGGGGAACAUCGGAAAGGGAGGCUCUUCUCCUCUCGCUGUCCGUGUGGCGGUUAAAAAUGCAAACAACGAAAAUAGAGGACAGACUGGAAAACUGAAGCAGAAAGACGCAGAGUGCCGAUCACCUCUGCAGGUCCUUAAGGAGACCAACUCUCCCCGCAAUCGGCGUUCUCCGAUGAAGCUGAAAGGGUCUAAUCAGGACAAACCGAGGCUUGGACAGAUGGACCGCCGAGUUCUGGCAGUGGCUCUGGAUAAGGAGAACAGAUGAAGGCCAACGGUUACCUGUGCAGAAGUUCCCUCGCUUUACAUUUUCUAAUGAGAUUUUAUGUGCGUAGUUGUUGUAAAUGUAUGUUUUUAUGCGUGUGUGUGCGACUUUGCAACCAUGUGGUGCAGUUUCCUGCUGUUUGUCAUGUUGUAAAUAUACAAUCUGACCUUUUUAACCUAAUAGUCACUUUGCUGUCUACAUCCUUGUGCUUAAUGUCUGUACUUUUUGUUCAAUCCAAAUGUAUAAAUUGUAAUAAUAGAAUUAAAGUUUGACUCUAAAUCUUCAA